CGUCGAGCGCCAGUCGUAACCAUGACGGACGAGUAUACGCACGUAACCCCUUGUCGAACUCCGCGCGGUACCAAGGGACGCUCGGCGUCGAUUUGCGCGACUGGAGGAUGUGGUGUUGCCGUUGGUGGUGGCAGCUCUUCAAGCAUGGAAGCUUUACCACCCCUUAGCGGUGGUGGUACCCCUGAAUCUUCAGGUGGGACACCAAUAACUCAACGAAGAAGACGUCCUGCUGCACGUUCUCAAAGUGCAAGGAUAACAGGAGGAAGGAGCGUGAGGAGGAAGGCCGCGCUUGCUGCUGCUGCGGCCAACGGCACUGAGGUCAGAGGUCAUUGUAACAGUGAACCGAAAUUGGAACAAAUCGACGGUGUUGAUGCUUCUUCACCAUCGAGUGUUCGUAGAAAAGGAUCAACCAGAAGGGGUACUUCUGUUUAUCACAGGAAGAGUACUGCGUUUCUAGACGUUCCUGACCAAAGAAAUGCGGCGGUUAAUCAGGGCCAAGGAAUUGGAAAUGACGAAGACGAGGAUUCAUAUCGGUUGAGGUCAUUCAGCUUUAAUUCGAAAGGAAAAGGUAUAAUUAAUAGAGGAGAUUCUUUUAGAAGAAGACGUUCAAGAAGUAACAGUUUGUGUCCUCCACAAUGUGGUAUUCCACAAAUGGAAGAAACUGAUCAAACUCCUAUAACAAGUUACGAUGUGGCUCUAAUUGGUGCGCAAGGUGUUGGAAAAUCUGCGUUAAUCAGUCAAUUUAUGACGUCCGAAUGUAUAAAUGCUUAUGAAAGACAAAAAGAUGUUGGUAAUCAAUCAGUAUCCAUUAUGCUUAACAACGAGGAGUCCGAAUUAAACUUUUUAAACAUCUCAAAUCAUAAAGAGAUCGAUAAGAUCAAUCCACCGGACGCCUUCAUCGUGCUUUAUUCGGUCGUGGACAAAGCCAGUUUUCUUAGAGCAGAAGCUGAAUUGAGUAGACUACAAGAUGCUGAACUUUUAAGAUCGAGAACAGCAAUUUUGGUCGCGACGAAAAUCGAUUUGGCGAGAAGUCGUUCAGUUUCAACACAAGAUGGGAAAUGUUUAGCUUGUACUUACAGAGCGAAGUUUAUUGAAAUUUCCGUUGGAAUUAAUCAUAACGUGGACGAAUUGCUGGUGGGAAUUUUAACGCAAAUUAGAUUAAAAAGUUUUCAAAAUGAAGAAAAAGAUCAUACUCAACAACAAUGGUACAAGACUAGAGGAAUGCUUAGAGCGAGUAUGAAAGCAAGACAAAUGAUUACUUGGUUAUUUGGAAAGGAAGAUUCUAAGUUCAAAAAUUGCGAAAAUCUUCAUAUACUGUAGCAAAAAAAAUAAAAAUUUUCUUUCAUGAUGAAAUCAUCAUGAUUCAUUUCGUUUAGAAAUACGAAAAAAAAUAUUUAAGGGAAUAAAUCUAAAAAAAAAGGUUUUAUACUAAAAAUAAAGAAUAAAUUCUUUUGAGACAGUUUUUAUGAUUAUUUAAAAUAUAAUUUAUUUUUAGUAUAAAGUUCUUUAAAGUAUUGACUGAUGUAUGGAGUUUUUGACCCUUUUUAGCAAGAAAAACGAUUUGAAUCAAUUUCUUUUUGGUAGGUUAAAUAAGUGGACCAACCAAUCUGAACAAAAAAAAAAAUAAAAUUGUAAAAAAAAAGAAUAUUUUUGUAGCAUUUUACACUUGAAAAACCAAAACAGAUUAAAAAUCGAUAAAAAAGGGUACAAUUUUGAACGAUUUUAUCGUUUUUCUUGCAAAACCGAAACAUUUUUUGCGUUAUAGUCUUUUUUUUUCUAUUUAGAUAUAUUAAUUUUAUAAAGAAAUCUUUGUUAUAAGGCCUAACUUUAGAAUUUAGCAAAAUUUUCGGUAUCAACCCAAAAGUGUUUAAAUUAACAAAUAAAAUCAAAAGAUUCUUGUCCGUGUUGAAUGUUAACGUAAUAAGCAAUUACAUUGGAAAAUAUUGUACAAGGAUUAAAUUAGGAAGUAAAACUAAAAUAUUAUGAUAUACGUAUAUACAUCUUUUAGUCCCUAUUAUUGAAAAAUUUUAAAAAAAAUCUUUAAAGUGCUGUAGUUAGUAUUAAAAAAGAACCAAAAAGAAGUAACGUCGGGAUUGUAUUAAUACUAAAUGUUUUCUAAACUUCUACAUUAUUAUAUUAUACAUUUUACCGAAGAACGUUAGAGAGUAGAUAAGAUGCGACGUAAGUUAAAAAUAAUAUUUAAAAAAAUACAAUAAGCAACAAAAAAAUGUAAUUUAUCAAUGAACGUUGUUUUUCAGACAAUAAUUGUAUGUAAUUUAUAAAUAAAUUUAGAUAUUAGUACAAUAUAA